UGCGCCUCCGCUCGCUCUGGGACACCUGCUGCUUCGCGGCGGUGUCUUUGUGCCGGUUUGCCCCGGGAGCCGGAAUCGUGCGGGACCUGAGUUCGGCGAGCCCGUUACUCCUCAGAGCUGCUGUUGGCGCAGCCGCUGCCGCAGCCGACGGGGUUCGUGUCCAGGGAGCCUACCAGUUGAAUUACAGAUACUCGGUUUUUACAGCCGUCCUCUGGUGCCCUAGAUGUAAUAUAUGCCUGUGCGUUUUGAAAGUAAGAUCUGUUUAAGGAGACAGUUCCUGGUACCUGCGAACCAUUGUGAUAUCUGUCCGGCUGUCCCAAUGGGAUUUUCACUUAGUAAAUCUGUCACUCAGGUAACUGCUAUGCACACUGAUUCAAAAAUGGAUGACCACUUAAUACAGGGGACUGAGAAAACGAAGUUGGAACCUGUGACUCAGUUAUUUCAGAACACCAAGAAAAUAAGGUUUGAAGACACAAGCCAAGCCAACUUUCCCAGGAUCGAAGGGACUGGCACAGGAUAUCUUUCAGAGAAAGCCUUGAGUUCAGUGGUAUAUGUUAAAGAAAGUGAUGGAAUAGAAAUGACAGAUGUGGAAUGAAGUAAUUUCUGCAUACUAACACAGAAACCAAAAAGUGCUUUUGAAAGAGGAGGUGUUGAAUGAGAACUGAACUUUAUUCAGAAAAGUUGACAAAAUGAAGGAAGAAUAUUUAUUUUUCACUAUUUAUGAGCCAUCUUAGACUGCAUUUUUUGAUGAUAUGUAUUCAAAAGGUAGUUGCUUUAAGGAGAAAAAACCUUCCAAAAUUUAAAACAGGUUUCUCUGGUAGUAUAUUCUAUCCUUGUUAAAAAAACCAGAGUUUUUCAGUAAGAAUAUUUGAAUGGCAUCAACAUUCACUGUAUUUCUUUAGCAAGUGUUAUUUUUUUAAAGUGUGCAAGCAAUUUGACUUCAGUAUUUCACAUGCUGUUUGAUAGACCAGUUCUAUAUGUGACAUUUCCAUGGGAUUUUGCAUUGAGGAACUUUACCUUCCUACAUUUUCCAUUUCUAUUCUCUAUUAGAUCACUGCAGAUGAACUCUGCAAAAGACAGGCUAAUUGUGUAUCUUCAGAAAGAAGCGUAUCACAUUUAACACUUUCCUUUUAAAGCUAUUAUUUUCCUCACAUUGAAAUAAUUUCAGUUAGAAAAUACUCUUUCCAAUUGUAAUGGUUUAUCUUGCAGAUGUUACCAUUGUAUACCACCAAUAUUUAAUUUAAAAAACAUAGUGUUUAAAAAAAAACCUGCUGUAUAUAUUGGUUAUUAAAAUGUCUUGUGUGGAACAGCAAUAUUGUUAGAUGAA